CUGACAAGACUGACAAAGUUCUGUGGCCAUGAAGCGCAUUUCAGAAAUAGCAGGAGAGCCGGAGAGGGUCCUUGGACUUCACAACACCUGAAUGGUUUUGAAAUUGUGAUUUUUGUUCAAGAAGCAGACAUCGGAACUAAUCAUUAAUUGCCCAAAACGCGAAAGGGAUUUUGUCUAGUGUGAUAUAGAGAUGAAUACAACGACGUCGGAACCGGUCAACCUCUCAACAACCAUAUAUUUUCAGAGUUAUGGAAACAAGACGACAAACAAUCGUUUUGAACAGCCGGAUUGGCAAGUGGCGUUGUGGGCAAUUGCUUAUUCACUGAUAGUGAUUGUGUCCGUCGCAGGAAAUGUCACUGUAAUUUGGAUAAUUUUGGCUCACAAAAGAAUGAGGACAGUGACUAACUAUUUUAUAGUAAAUCUUGCAUUCUCGGACUUGUCAAUGGCUACUUUCAACACUGUCUUCAAUUUUGUAUAUUCUACACACAACGACUGGUACUUCGGGUUGGGAUACUGUAGGUUUCAGAACUUCUAUCCCAUCACAGCGAUGUGCUCAAGCGUUUAUUCUAUGGCAGUUAUUGCAGUUGACCGAUACUUGGCCAUAAUCUACCCUUUGAAACUAAGGCUAUCCUCCACAUCUACCAAGAUUGUGAUUGGUCUCAUCUGGGCGGUGGCAUUCUCCCUGGCAUUCCCCCAGUGUUACUACUCUGUCACCGAGUACUAUCCACCACGGACUAUCUGUUUCGUCAACUGGCCUGAUGACUAUGGUGGGAAACACCAUCUCACAUACCAGAUAGCUUUGAUCACACUGAUCUACCUGCUCCCCCUGCUGGUGAUGUUGGUCACCUACAGCCUUAUUGGCCAGACACUGUGGGGCAGUGAGGUACCGGGGGAGACCUCAGACCACUACCAGAACCAGAUCCAGGCCAAACGCAAGGUGGUGAAGAUGAUGAUAGUGGUGGUGACGACCUUCGCCCUGUGCUGGCUGCCCUACCACAUCUACUUCAUCCUGGGCAGCGUCAGCAUUGAGAUCUACACGCAGAGGUACAUCCAGCAGGUCUACCUGGCCAUCUUCUGGCUGGCCAUGAGCUCCACCAUGUACAACCCCAUCAUCUACUGCUGCCUCAACCAAAGGUUUCGCUCGGGGUUCCGUCACGCUUUCAGCUGGGUCCCAUUCAUCAAGGUGUCGGACGAGGACAAGAUGGAGCUGCAGUACACACGGACCUUCAGGAUGAUCCGUAGCUGUCGCACUGACAACACCAACAGCACUGUGGUCCGCCACAACUCCACCUAACAGGAUGACCACACCCCAGUCAAGCUCAUGAAAAGCUGAGGACAUGAGUACAUGCUAAAGCUCAUGAGCUCAGCUGCUAGGAGAAGUAAAACAAAUCAUGUUAUUAUUGUGUACAGUCCGUCAGUCAGUCGCACCAAACAUCUUUAUCGUCACACACACCAGAUAGGUGCUGUGAAAUGUGUUAUUUUACAGGGUCAGACAUAUAAGUACGGCCCCCCUGGAGCAAAUUGGGGAUAAGUGCCUUGCUCAAGGGCAGGUUUCAUUUACUGGCCCAACACUAACCACUAGGCUACCUGCUGCCCCAAUGGGAAGGAAGAAUAGGAAAGAGAACUUCCGUGGUAUAAGCACCAAGCCUUAUCUGUUGCAGUAUUAAGGUAGUGUUAUUAUUUGUGUUGUUUUAGCGUAAUAUUGGUUUAUGUUAUGUGCCACCUGACUUUGUAGACCAUAUUGUGAAAUGUGCAAGUCAACCCAGUUGUAAAUAUUCACUGAAAUAUCAAGUAACUGAUGAAAGAGACAGAUAAAUGAACACACAUCGUACUUUGAUAAUAGUACAGAAAUGAAUGAUGGGGUAACAUCUGCCGCAAUAUGAUUUGAGGACUGUGAU